CUGGCAGAAAACGCGACGCUCCUGUGCUACCCGAACGGGACGUGGUCCAAGAAGUCCUUCUACAACGACUGCCUCGACUCCGUCAUCGAGAACCCCGAAGUCAACACCGUUAACACCAUCAGCACUAUCUUCUACAUCGGCAACUCUCUCAGUCUCGUUGCUGUCACUCUGGCCCUCUGGAUCUUCCUCUCCUUCAAGGAUCUGCGGUGUCUGCGGAACACAAUCCACACCAACCUGCUCUUCACUUACCUGCUCCACAACCUCUUCUGGAUCAUCUACGCCUCUAUACAGACUAUGGUCAAUGUCAGCGUCGGCUGCUCCUUCUUCGUGGCUCUCAACUACUGCACGCUCACCAACUUCAUGUGGAUGUUCGUGGAAGGGUUCUACCUUUACAUGCUGGUUGUCAAAACCUUCUCCGUAGAGAACAUAAAGCUUCGUGUCUACACUCUGAUUGGUUGGGGUAUUCCAGUUCCUAUUAUAAUUACGUGGGUCAUCUUAAAGUCUCAUCUCACUAUCACUCAUUCUGGGACGGAGUUGGCGGCGGUGGGGAUGGAGAAGUAUGAACUGGAUGGUCCGGACUUGGAGGGACUGGUGAGGAACUGUCCGCUCAUGCCUGACAGUGGGAUAGACUGGAUACAGAAGGUGCCCGUCCUCUUCGUCCUGUCCACCAACCUCAUCUUUCUCACACGCAUCAUGUGGGUACUGAUCACGAAGCUACGCUCAGCCAACACGGUGGAGACGCAGCGGUACCGCAAGGCCACGAAGGCGCUGCUGGUGUUAAUACCGCUGCUCGGCCUUACCUACAUGCUGCUCAUCGCCCUCCCUCAGGAGCUGGAACACGUCAGGGCCAUACUCCUCUCCACUCAGGGGUUCUGGGUGGCGCUGUUCUACUGUUUCCUCAACAGCGAAGUGCAGAACAGCAUACGGCACCACAUCGAGCGGUGGAAGACAGCCAGAGGCUUGGGCGACCCCAGGAGUGCGUCUGUCAGACAAUGUCGUGAUGGUUCCCCGCGACCCAGGACUGAUUGUUCCAGCUACGGACGCCGGCUGUUUGGCGGGAAAAGAGAGUCCCUGUGUUCGGAAGUGACCACCAUGACUACAUUCGUCGCUAACGGCUACAACCCCGUCAGCACGCAGACUGGGCCGCCCCAACAACCACCUCUCCAGCAGCAGCAGCAGCAGCAGCAGACAGCACCAGCAGCACCACCGCAAGCGCCACUAGUCGGCCAACUCAAUUUUCGCAAUUCCAACGCCGGUUUGACCCAGAGUUACGGGGAACCGGACAGCAAGGCCAGUCUUAGAGAUUCCUUGCUGUAAGAGCCUGAAGAGAUGGACUUGCUUAGGGAUUGCUUGAAGUAAGAUCCCUGGGCUGUAAGAAUUGGAAGAUCCUAGGAUUGGGCUAUAAUAGAAAUUACUAGCCGAGAGAGAUCCUAGGACCAGAGGAUUGAGUUGUAUUUUUAUUUAUAUAAGAACAUAGGACAGGAAAUACGAUCAAAAAUUUAUUGUUUGUUAACAAUGGAAGAAUGAGGAUGGUCAGUAUGAAAAUCCAAAUAUGGAAUAGGAACCUCAGUUUAUACAAUAUACCUUUUGUAACGAUUUCUUUAUAUGUAACGAGAUAAGUUGUCGAGUUUAAGCCUUGCCAACCCUUGGACGGUCAUUAAGGCCUCUGUAUAGGCCUACAGAGCAUGUACACUUUACCACCAACACGUUUCACCAAACAGCAUGUAUACUUUACUCCUGAACAUAAUUCGGCACUAAUAUACAUACUCGCUAUGUGUAUAUAUAUACACACCGAGGAACGAGACAUGACAGGCAGAUACUUAGACAAAAUAAAAGAACUGCUCACUCGAUGUGGGGAAAAAAUACGAUGUCAACAAAGGAAUUUCGGUUUCAGUCAAGUGGUUGUUCACUUGCCACUAAAGUGGAAGGCACUUUAGCGGCAAUUGGUGUUCGUCUGACGAUGUUGAGUGAGGCGGGCACGCAGCUGUGGCGGGCAAGGUGUUACGUCCUCUGUGUACCGGCCUUCUGUCACACCCAAGACAUACACUCCCACCAAACACUGAAUAAAAUUAAAUCGUUACUAUGCACUACCCAGCACACACACAUACACACACACACACACACACACACACACACACACACAUAUACACACACACACACACACACACACAUACACACACACACACACACACACAUGAUAA